AUUUUUCUAUAUUUUUAUUUGAGCGGACAUUUUUUCCUUUUAUUCUAAUUUAAAAUACAUACAUCGAUCUCAUUUAAAAAUAAAGGGGUGGCGAUCACCAUGAAGCAACUUCAUAUAUAAAAUACACAACCCCCCAAACUCUUGUAAUAAAUCUAUAUAUAAUUAUAUUCCAAUCUCUUCAACUCCAUUUUUUUCCCUCUGAAGCUCCACUUCCAAAUCAAUCCAUGGAGCUACCUGUAAAUAAAAGCAUUACAAAUAUAGGAAUACUCAUAUCUGUGGCGCUAAUCCUCCUCAGCGUCAUCCGCUUAAACUAUCCGACGUCGUUGCGGGAGACCUCGCCUCUAUCCACCUACGAAACCUCGGUAGAAUCAAGCGAGGCAUGCGAUAUCUUCGCGGGCGAAUGGGUCCCGGAUCCGGAUGCUCCAUAUUACACCAACAAGACGUGCUGGGCCAUCCACGAGCACCAGAACUGCAUGAAAUACGGGCGACCCGACUCCGACUUCAUGAAGUGGAGGUGGAAACCCGACGACUGCGAUUUGCCCGCUUUCGACCCGUUUCUCUUCCUCGAUAUGCUCCGGGACAAGUCCGUCGCCUUCGUCGGAGAUUCCGUCGGCAGGAAUCAAAUGCAGUCCAUGAUAUGCCUCUUGUCCAAGGUGGAAUACCCGAUGGACGAGUCCCCAGCGUCGGACGAGCAGUUCAAACAGUGGGGAUACGUGAAUUACAAUUUUACCCUCGCAUAUUUCAGGAGUCCAUUUUUAGUAAGAUCCGAAGAGCGGGACCCGGACGGCCCGACCCACACCGGCCUCUUCAACCUCUACCUCGACGAGCCCGACGACUCAUGGGCCUCUCAGAUCGACUCCUUCGACUACCUCAUCCUCAACGCCGGCCACUGGUUCACCCGCGCCGCCGUCUACCUCGAGGCUCGCCGCGUCUCCGGCUGCCACUUCUGCCAGCUCCCCAACGUCACCGACCUCCACAUCGCAUACGCCUACCGCCGCGCCUUCCGGACGGCGUUCCGAGCCGUCAACCGCCGCCGGGAUUUCGGCGGCGUGGCGUUCCUCCGCACGUUCGCGCCGUCGCACUUCGAGGGCGGGCUGUGGAACGAGGGCGGCAACUGCGUGCGGCGGCGGCCGUUCCGCAGCAACGAGACGAUUCUGGAGGGGGUGAAUCUGGAUCUGUACAUGAUUGAAUUGGAGGAAUUUAGGGCUGCGGAGAGAGAGGGGGAGGGGAGGGGGAAGAAGAAGAAGUGGCGGUUGAUGGAUACGACGCAGGCGUCGCUGCUGCGGCCCGAUGGGCACCCGAGUAGGUAUGGGCAUUGGCCCAAUGAGAAUGUGACGCUGUAUAAUGACUGCGUGCAUUGGUGCUUGCCCGGCCCGAUUGAUAAUUGGGCCCAAAUGUUGCAACAUAUGAUUAAGGUGGAGGCCCGUCAGAAUUAUAAGGAGAGGCUUUCGCUAAUCCAGCGACAGAAGAAAAUGCAGUGAAACUGCAAAUUCUCUCUCUCUCUCGGUGUUAUGAUGGAUUAUUCUUUUUGAGAAUUUUUUAUUUGGAAAUGAAAAUGUAUUUAGCAAAGGUUUUAUUUGGAUGGUGAUUUUUUUUUUCAAAGUUUAGAUAUCUGAUUAAUAAUAUGUGGUGUCUUGUGGGAUA